ACCUCACAUGUACGGUACUUGAUACUUGUCCACCGGCAGCUAAGACACAGUGCUAAUGAGACUGUAGAGCUAAACUACAUUUAGAAAGCAACUAUAAUGAGAAGUCGCAGUAAUUCUGGAGUGAAACUCGACAACUAUGCCAGAACUUUGCAACAGACAAUCCUCUGUCACCAGGAUCCGGUGACAGGGUUACUCCCAGGAGAUGAGAAGUUACCUCAUGCCUGGGUUAGAGACAAUGUGUACUGCAUCUUGUCUGUGUGGGCUCUGAGUCUGGCCUACAGGAAGAAUGCAGACAGAGAUGAAGACAAAGCCAAAGCCUAUGAACUGGAGCAGAGUGUGGUCAAACUCAUGCGAGGAUUACUGCAGUGUAUGAUGAGACAGCUUGAUAAGGUGGAGAAGUUCAAGUACAGCAAAAGCACCAACGAUUGCCUUCAUGCCAAGUUCCAUUCAGGAACGUGUGCCACUGUAGUUGGUGAUCAGGAAUGGGGUCAUCUACAGGUGGACGCUACCUCCAUCUUCCUGCUCUUCCUGGCCCAAAUGACAGCAUCAGGGCUGAAAAUUGUUUAUACACGUGAUGAAGUCGACGCUGUCCAGAAUCUGAUCUUUUACAUUGAAUCUGCGUACAAAGUGGCGGAUUUUGGAAUGUGGGAACGAGGAGACAAGACGAAUAAAGGGAUCCCUGAGAUAAAUGUCAGCUCUAUCGGAAUGGCAAAGGCAGCUUUGGAGGCCUUGGAUGGACUGAACCUUUUUGGUGCCAAGGGUGGCCCAGAAUCUGUCGUACAUGCUUUAGCUGAUGACAUUCAGCACUGCCAAUCUAUUCUCAGCUCCAUGCUGCCGAGGGCAUCAACAUCCAAAGAGGUGGACGCUGGGGUUCUGUCCAUCAUCUCUUAUCCAGCAUUUGCAGUUGAGGACAUUGAUAUUGUUAAUAUCACCAAAGAAGAAAUCAUUUCAAAACUUCAGGGCAGAUAUGGAUGCUGUCGCUUUCUUAGAGAUGGACACAAAACUCCCCGAGAGGACCCGAAUCGAUUGUACUACGAGUCAUCAGAGCUGAAGCUCUUUGAGAACAUAGAGUGUGAAUGGCCACUAUUCUGGACAUACCUCAUCCUGGAUGGCAUUUUUAUCAACAGUCCAGAACAGGUUCAGGAGUACAGAGAUGCUUUAGAUGGCAUUCUCAUCAGAGGGAAGAAUGGAUUACGUUUGGUCCCUGAGCUUUAUAGUGUUCCUCCAGAUAAGGUUGAUGAAGAGUAUGUUAAUCCUCACACAGUGGAGAGAGUGCCACUAGGCAAGUGUCCACUGAAAUGGGGCCAGUCUCUGUACAUAUUGGGUAACCUGCUGGCAGAGGGUUUUUUAGCUGCUGGAGAAAUUGAUCCUCUCAAUAGACGCCUCUCCACUAUUCCCAAGCCUGAUGUUGUGGUUCAAGUGUCUAUCCUGGCAGAAAGCGACGAGAUUAAACAGCUCCUGCAGAGCCAUGGCAUUGACUCAGAAACCCUGGAGGACGUUCACCCAAUCCGGGUUCAGCCCUCCAGAGUACUCAGUCACAUCUAUGCCAGACUAGGGCGUAACCAAAGGCUGGGACUGACUGGGCGGCCAUACCGGCGAAUUGGUGUGCUGGGAACAUCAAAAUUCUACAUUAUUCGCAACACCAUCUUCACCUUCACACCCCAAUUUGUAGACCAUCAUGAGUUUUAUCUGGCCCUGGACAAUCACAUGAUUGUGGAGAUGCUCCGUAUCGACAUCUCCUAUCUCUGCUCUCGUUGGAGGAUGACCGGCCGACCCACAGUAACUUUCCCAAUUUCACAUAGCAUGCUCACUGAUGACCACAAACACAUUGAUCCUGCCGUUUUGGCAACCUUGAAAAAACUACAGGAUGGUUACUUUGGAGGAGCAAGGGUUAAGACUGGGAAACUUUCUGAUUUUCUUGACACCUCCUGUUGUGCCCAUCUUACAUUUAUGGACUGUGAGGUGGAUGACCUGGCUGUGUAUCUGGACCAGUUACUGGCAGUUCCUCAGCAAAGUCCCAUUAGUGCCACUAAAGGAGGCCUCAGCCGCUUCAGGGCAGCUGCCAAAAAGACACGGGAAAUGGUGUCUCUGGUGCACAAAGCCAGAGAGCUCAAUAUACACAAUGUGCACAUGUACCUUCCAACUAAACUUUUCCGUUCGCCAGCACCAAACCUUAAUUUGCUGGAUAACAAAGGAAAGAUAUCUGAGACACAGGCUCCUCAUUCUGUGAACCUGCCCAGAGACGUCAAUGGUGGGAUUGACUACCUAGCUCUAGUGCAGAUGCUGAAACAAAGUCAGAACUUACAGGAUCAGGCUGACAUUCUCUACAUACUCUUCAAAGACAAGGGAAUGGAUUGGGACACCAAGCUACAUGGGAAAGGUUGGAUGGUAAGACGACUACUGAGUGAUUUGUAUGAAAAGGCAGGAAGCCUGAAACACUGGGGCCUCAUUCGGAUGAUCUGCGGGAUGCUACGCAAGAAAGUAGAAGAGCUGGAUGCUGCAUGCUCAGAUUUGCUAAUUCAUCAGAAACAUCUAACAGUUGGCCUUCCUCCUGAGCCAAGAGAGAAAACUAUCUCAGCUCCUAUGCCUCCAGACAAGCUGGCAAGGCUGAUCGAUGAGGCUAGUGAGAACAACCUCACCAUCACCAUUCUCACUCAGGAGAUAAUGGUGUUUCUGGGUAUGAUCAUUCGAACCCAGCCGAAAAUCUUCAGUGAAAUGUUCCGCCUCCGCAUUGGCCUCAUUCUUCAGGUCAUGGUCACUGAGCUCGCCCAGUCGCUCAGCUGUUCAGGUGAGGAGGCUACAGAGAGUUUGAUGAAUAUGAGCCCAUCUGAGAUGAAGAACCUGCUGCUUCACAUUCUCAGUGGCAAAGAGUUUGGAGUUCAAAAAAGUGUGCGCUCAACAGGAAAUGUGGUCAGCUCUGCAGUCAGUAUCCAGGAUAAGAGCAAAACCAGCUCCACCAAAACCGAAGUGAAAGUUGCAAGUAAACAAGGUGGUGAUAUCAAACUGUUUGUGUCCGUCCAUUCACUGGAUAUUGGAAACAUUGAAUCAGGGAGAUACAGAAUUCCAUCCAUCGAGUCAUUUCAAGGAUCAUUAGGAGCCAUGUUGGUGCGUGACAGCAGACAUGGCCAGUGGCUUCGGCGCAGACGUCUAGAUGGAGCUCUCAACAGAGUCCCUGUUGGAUUCUAUCAGAACGUCUGGAAGAUUCUGCAGAAGUGUCAUGGGCUGUCCAUUGAGGGCUUUGUACUUCCAUCCUCAACCACAAGAGAGAUGACUCCCGGUGAAAUAAAGUUUGCCGUACAUGUGGAGACGGUGCUGAACCGCGUUCCUCAGCCUGAAUACCGGCAGUUGUUGGUGGAGGCCAUCCUGGUUCUGACCAUGUUGGCUGAGGUGGACGUCCAGAGUUUGGGUGGUGUCAUUCAGGUGGAGAGGAUUGUACAAAUGGCCAGUGACAUGUUCUACAAUGAUCAGAAAGAUCUGGGUGCUGAUGAAAGUCUCCUUGAGAGAGAUCACAUGUCUGGCAUCUGCAGGCUGCUCUAUGACAGUGCUCCUAGUGGCCGCUUUGGAAGCAUGACCUACCUUUCUAAAGCAGUGGCUAGCUAUGUUGAAGACUUUCUUCCCAGUGGAGCUUGUGCCCUUCAAUGAAGCUCCAGACUGAAUUAUCACAUUUUAAAGGAUUAGUUCUCUUCAGAAUUAACAUUUUCUGAUAAUUUACUCUCCCCCAUGUCAUCCAA